AUGGAGUGGGGCCCCAAGGUGGCCGUGCUCGACGCGAGCGAGUGGGGCUACGGGGUCAUGGAGCGACGAUGCGACGCGGGGGCGAUCAAGUAUGCUGGGCGAUAUUUUGAUAGGACUCGCGACUGGCAGGGCGGAGGAGGCCUUGAGUUCGUGGACCCAGUCGCCGGCGGCUUCAUCAGCUGCGACGGGGGCCAGCUUUUCGCCCCCGGCCCGCCGCCCGGGCUGGCGCAUCCAGACGAGGAGGACGGGCGAGAAGAGAAAGUGCACCAUCGCGUGGGCGCCAAUCGCGUGCUGGCCGCCGCCGGGCGGAAACUGGCGCUGCUGGAGCCGCGGCCGACGCGGCUGGAACGGGGGGGGGCCCUGGGCUCGCGCCCGCUGUCGGCGCUGGAGGACGAGACGGUCGGCCUGGCCACCCAGAGGGAUUACCGCAGCCGAUUCAGCUGCUUCGCGCGCUGGGCCUCGAAGGAGGGCCUAAGCCUGAAGACUCCUCUCGAGGCCGACGGCGCGCUAGUGGCGUGGCUGAACGAGCAGUUCUUCGAGAAGGAGCUGCUGGCGCGGCAGCAGCUGGCGGCCGCGGGGGCGCAAGGCGAAUGCAUGAUGCUCGACGGCCCCGAGUUCGACCCGGUGGUGCCGCUGCUGGCAAGCCUGCAGGAGUCCGCGGCGGUGGGAAGGCGGCUGUUGCCCAGCCUUGCCGCGCCCCCGGUGUGGCAGCUUCGGCGCGGCGGAGCGUCGCGCGAGGCGCUGACCGAGUUCCGCAGCUACAAGACAGGCAGGUGGCACAGCCCACGACCGGCGAAGCGGUGCGAGAGAGGAAGCGACAACCAGGUGCUCCGGCCGCUGACGCCAGAGGAGCUGAACCGGGCGCUCGAGGCCGAGCGCACGCUUGGCGCGUGCCUCUCGCGGACAUGCCGCGACUUGCUGGGCCUGGCGGCUUUGCGCUGGAGGUCUUUGCCGGAAGCGGGCGGUUCAGCCACUGCUGGAGGCAGCAGCCGCCGUGGGGGCUUCCGAUCUUCGAGGUCGACGUGGACCGCCAGCUCGCACGACCUCAGCUCCAGGGCCGCCCAGCGCCGCAUCCUCGGGUGGAUCCUCUCGGGCUGCUACAAGGCGGUGUGGCUCGGGGCGCCGUGCUCGACGUUUUCCCGCGCGCGCGACUCCGGAGCAGGGCCCCCCCGGUUGCGGUCUGAUGAGCAGCCCCUGGGCCUGGGCGGACUGUCGGAGGGGGGCAGGGUCAAGGUGGAGGUGGCGAACGAGCUCUGCCGCUUUUCCGCCGAGGCCCUGAUGUGUUGCCUCGAGCGCGGCGUGCCUGCAGCGCUGGGGAACCCAGCGUCGUCGCGCCUAUGGCUGACGCCCUACCUCUUCGCCGCUGGCCGCCGCCGGGGAAUGAGGGCCCAGCGGCCUCGGAUCUGCUGCUGGUGCGAGGGGCGGCUCGCCCCCGGCGAGAGCCUCGCGUUGGCGGAGGCUGGAGGGCUGCUGGAGGUGUGCGCGCUGUACUACUUGCUUGCGUUCGCCAGGCAGGCGGCGCGCGAGGCGCGGCUAGCGCCGCGCGAGCGGGCGUUGUUGCUGGAGCAGGCUCGCCACCCCGGUGCCCAGCUCGCGGCGCUCGCGACGCUCGAGCCCGAUGCCUCCCAAGGUGCCCCCGUGGUGCCAGGGCUCGGCGCCCUGCCUGGGCUCCCUGGCUGCCUCGGCGGCGUCGGAGGCGGCGCGCUGCCUGCUCUGCCUGGCGGCGCCAGGGCGGUGGGCGCUGGCGGCGUCGGCAUUGGGGCCGCGCUGGUGGGCGCGCUCGCUGCGCCUGGCGGCGGGGCUGCUGGUGGCGCGGGGGCCCCGCCUGCUGCCGCGGCGCUCGGAGCUGGCGCGCCCCUCGGAGUGGUUGGAGGCGCCGCCGUCCUAGCGGCUGGAGUGCAGCUGGACUCGCUGGCAGACGGCGCCUGGACGCAGGCCUCGGUGCUGGCGGGGGCUGGCUGGGCCCAGGGGAUGAACGUGGAGCUGCCGACGCACGACGCCAUGGGCGGCAUCAGCGGCGCAUCCUUGUUCGAGGUGGACGAGGUCGGCGCGCCUGGGGCUGCGGGCCAGUGCCUGAGUGCCCAGUUCAGGGGAGCGUCGCUCCCAGCCGAGGCGAUGCGCCUCGACGGUGCCUUCCCGACUCGUGGAGCCGGUCCUGCUGGCUUGCUGCGCCUCUGCGCGCAAGGCCCGGCGCGCUGCGGCGAGCCCGCGCAGGCUGGGCGCGCCGUCCUGCGCGUGGAGUGGCUGCGGCUGCAGCUGCGCGGGGGCUGGUGGGGCCCUGGGUGCGGCCGAGCGCCUUCGGGGGCCGCGGCGGCGGCGUGGCUCGACAGGCGGCGGCAGUGCAGCGAGUCAGGCAGCCGCAGUGAUGGCGACGGCGAGCUGCAUUUUCGCGACGCCCCCUCUGGCGGCGGCAGCGCGAGGCUGCUGGCGGAAAGACAGCCCGGCGCCCUCUACGACGAGGCGAUGCAGAGCAUCGCUCGCGUGAUGGGCCUGCGGGAGGGGGAUGGUACCGAGGCGCGUCCGAAGGUGGUCGGCUAUUUGCAGGCGAUCGUCUUCGGUCACCAUCCCGUCUCGCAGUUGCGGGUCAACGCGGUGCGCGAGCUGCAGGCGCUGGCGACGGCAGAGCCCGAAGCGCCCUUCGACGAGCCCAGUGUCGACGCGGAGGACGUCGACCCGUGCGGGGACGAGCCUGGCCUCGCGAUGCUCCUGGUCAGCAAGUUCAGCGCCACAGUGGGCGAGAAGAGGUGGGUCUGCACCGACCCGACGGGCAGGCUUCAGGUCAUAGACCUCGGCCAGCCGGCGAGGGUGAAGUCGACGAGGUUUGCAGGCGUGAACCACGGCAGCUUCCAGGGCCUCUCCGCGGCGGAGAAGAGCAAAGCCAUCGAGGCAGCCGAUCGCAUCAUCGCGACGGGGUCAGCAGCUACGACGGGGAAGAUCACCAGGGUUCGCCAUCCACGAGGCACAGCUGCUGGCUCUACGUUCGUGCUCUGGCGUGCCGUCGUCUACCUCAACGCGAUGGAGUGGGUGAAGUGGGGCUACGCGUCGCUGAAGGAGACCGUGGACACAGUGGACCACUUCAAAGAGGAGGUCGAGAUGGUGUUCGAGAUGCACGAGUCAGGGGCCCUCGAGCCGCUCUACUUCUCGGUCCUCGCGUCCCUCGCCAGCUCCCUCAUCUACAACGUCUUCUGGUACGUCAGCUCCUGCUCUUCCUGGCUGGAGCUGGCCCUCAUGGUCGGCCACGCCGUCACCAAGCCAGUCUGGAUCAUCAACUCCCAGGGGCGAGGGCACCCAGGAGAUGUGGAGCAGGACAGCAUGGCCGCCGCUGCCAGCGUGUCCGAGCCGCGGGUAGUCAGUUCAACGCCCAACCCCGAGAUCGACUCGUUGGUCAGGGGCCUGGACGACUCCUUCAAGGACAUGCGCGAGCUCGCCAAGGAGAAGCUUCAGUCCUACUGCAGCGACAUGGCGUGGACGAUCCCAGGAGGCAUCAGGACGAGAGUGGCACCGUCGAUGGUCGCUCGCCUUUACCGCAGUGGAGCUUCAGCGGUGUCAAGCGUCAGGGAGAGGAUUCGCACGAAGCAGCUGGAUGGCAACCACAUGGCGGAGGAGGCUCUUUUCAUCAGCACGAUGCUCGAUCGUUCCAUGGUGGAGGCGCCUGCGGACUGGAUCAACUACAAAACGACGGAGCUGGCGAUGCGGCGCCUCCACGGCAUCGAGAGUGCCUUCGAGCACGUGAAGCAGAGGUCGGACUGGAAGCCUCCCAACGGCUCAAAGGCCGGCUGGAAGUCUCGCGUCAACUACGCCCUGCUGGAGGAGCUCGACGCGUCCAAGUCGGAUCAGGGGGGGCUGCUCAUCGACGGCGUGGAGAGGGAGCUUCGUGAACGCUUGGCUCAUCGCGCCCUUCUCGCCAAAUCCCUCGACAAGCUACAGGAGUGGGGCAUGAGCCACGAGUUGCCGCGCAGGAUCUCCGAGAGGGUGCUGCAGUGCCACCGGGGCGCGCGCGAUCGGAAGAUGCGCGACUCCGACGCCGAGUCCGCUUUCGAGCGGCUGGCCUUGCAUGCCAAGCCUGGGGCCUACUUGGGCUUCAAUGUAUCAGACAAGGACAACGACGACGCGCCGCAACGAGGGAAAGUCAUGCCCUUCGUGGGCGGCGAGGCGUCUCUGCCUCCAGCCGGGGCGCAGCCGUGCGACGUGAGAAUGAUUUCACCAAAAGCGAGCUACUACUUCGACAGACUCUACGAGAGGAUGCGCCUGCCGCCCAGCCAGGUUCACGAGGCCGAUAUCAAGAAGACGAGAGCCUACAUGGACCCCAGCUUGAGGAACAAGUCGGCUCGCCUCCAGUUCGCGCUGAGACUAUGGGAGUCAGGCGUGCUCGGCUUCACGAAGGUCGGCGAGGCAGGCCAGCUCAUCCUUCGUCCAGUCUGGGACCUGAGGCAGGUGAACAAGCGCUUUCAGAAGCCGCCGCGCCUUUCUCUGGGCUCUCUGAUGGCGAUGGCGGAACUGGACCUAUCCGACGAGAUCGCAGAGGGCAGGAUCUUGCAGUCAACGUGGGGGGGCGUGCCAGAUUACUUUCACAGAUGCAAGAGCUGCAGCGAGCUGUGGCCGUGCAUGGUGUUCGGCGGCGCGACGGUCCCCCAGCUCUUGAAGGAGCUCAAGCGCCAUGGCAAGGAUAUCCCGAAGACGGCCUUCAUCUACUGGGUGUUCAUGGACGACUUCGCCUCGAUGGCUUUGCAGCGGGACGAGAAGAGCGAGGUGGCGGAAGCAUCUCGCGAACACGCUGGGAAGAAGCUCAAGGAGGUGGGCCUCGACAUGCACAAGGUUCACAUCCUGUGGGAGAGCGUGACCAACGAGCUGUACAUGCUGUACCACCUGGCCCCGCUGAUGUACACCCACUUGGAGUCGCAGUGGAGCUCCAGCGUCUUCGCUACGGACGCAAGCGAGGUCCCUCCUAUGAAGUUCAUGGCCGACAUCUUCUCGGGGUACGGCGGCUUCGGGCAGGCGAUCCGCGAGGAGUUACAGUGCCAGACCUUGGUCGUGGACCACGCAAAGCAGGCUCGCCACGACCUCCUGGACCCGUCCUUCGUCGAGAACAGGUCAUUGGAUAAUUCAAGGACUUCGAUGAUCUGGGACCUCCCCGGCAUUGCGAAGUUGUUGACGAUGAAUGGAGUUCUCGUCGUGGGGAUGGCGUACUGUUCUUUCGGAGCCCGACUGAAGAAGCCAGCUCGGAUACCGACCAUUGUGCAGGCGCUGAAGGAGCUGGAGCGCGGGUGCUCUCAGGAUCACGAUCAUCAGGAGCUUCGUGGACGCGACUCCCAAGGGCGACUCUGGACACGCCUCGCAGCGAUCUACCCGCCGCGCAUGUGCAACGCCUCGUGCGUGGCCAAGGCCGUCUCCAACAACGAGCUGAAGCUGCACGAUUGGCGCAUGCGAGAAGUUCGAGGCGCAUCGCCGAAGCCGAUCGCAGUCAUGAGUCACAGGGCCAAAGUAUCCAGAUGGCAUCUCGCAUGGAAAGGGGCAGGGGCUUAUCACGAUCACAUCAAUGUGCAGGAGGUGAGAACGGCCGCAUCAGUAUCUCGGCACCUGUGUCGGUCAUCAAGGAACUGGUUCAGCCGAGUCUUGGUUCUGUGCGAUUCUAUGGUUGCGGUGGGAGCAGUCAGAAAGAUUCGAAGCUCCUCGCGACCUUUGAUGACUCAGCUAAAGAAGAUCGGUGCGAUCACGCUGGCCACAGGUAUCAGACUGACGCUGAGAUGGAUCCCCGCGGACAUGAACCCUGCCGACGGCCCGUCGAGAUGCGAGGAGAUAGGCGGCGCCGAGAUCACCAAGACCAAGUCCGAGCAGAAGAGGACCGUGAUGGACAGCGACUUCGAGUUCGAGAGGCUCUUCGGGGACAUGCUGGAGAUCAGGGGCAUGCACGACGACUACGACCUGGUCAGGGUCACAGCCGCCGCAGACCCGAAGUCUAACGACCAGAGCGAGGACUUCCACUUUGACAGCGACCACACCUUCGACAACGACGACGAGCCGCGGUUGUCGACAUGGGAAUGUUCGCAGGACAACGCGAACUUGAGCUACAUCAAGGAGGUGAAACCCUUCCUCAUGACAGUUUGUCUCAGGAGGCUUCCUGUCGCUACAGCGGCCGAGCGCGACAUCGCCUUAGCGGCGGAGCUAGACGACCUCUGCUUCGUGGAGAGGGUGGCGAGCGAGCUGGAGAUCGUGCCCGACGCCAGGCCGUCCCUCGCCUCGGUGGAUGAGCACGACCUGGCGCGCCGCUCGGCGGUGCUGCGGAGGCGGCUGCAGGGCGCCAAGAGCCGCUGGGCCUUCGGGGGCCUGGGCCGCGGGGGCGAGCGGGCGUGGCCCGCGGAGUUGAAGGGCGCGAGGCAGCCUGCUCCCGGCCGAGGGAAGGGGCGCGGCCGCGGCAGGGGCCGCUUCUUCCGUCUGCGCGCGACCAGUCCUGCUCGCGCCCCGAGCGCUCCCGCGGCGGCAGCCGAGGUGAGCGGUGUUGGCGAGCAGCCCCGAGCGGCGAGAGUUCAGGCAGGAGAAGCCCGCGACGGCGGUGGCGCGGCCUCAUGGGGGCCGCGCGUGGUCGCGGUCGCCACCGCGGGGGCCGGGGGCGCAGCGCCGGCGGGGCCGACAGUUCGCGCCCGCGCCCCCCUGGCGGAGGCAGCUCUGCCGAGGCGGGAGCUGCGAGGGGCUGCUGGAGAUCUGCUCCGAGAGCUUUAUGACGGGGGCCCGAUGCUUCUCAACCUGUUCAGGAGCUUCCCUGGCUCGCUUGGUCGCUAUGUUCGCGACUCCCUGGAUCCACAGUUGCGCGAGCACAUGGCCGCCCAGGGCGGUCGGCUGCAACGUGACUUGUUGCCGUUACCGUACCCUGCCGUUAUCAAGUCCGAUGUCGCGCAUGACGGCGAGGACCUCAGCGACGAGAGCUGGGGGGCGCUCCACUAUAGGCUGGUCUUGACGGUGCUGGCGCUGAACUGGGAGGCGGGCUUUCGCUCGCUCAAGUUCGCUCGAUGCUGCCGCGGCCGUGUGAAUGCAGCCCAGCGGGCCGCCUUGAUCGGCCUGGCGCGGCGGCUUUUCCUGGCCGCGCGCAUCGAGACCAGCCUGCCUGGGGGCCUGAGCUGGGAGAGCCGCCUCAAGUAUCGCAAGAUCGGCUACGGUGGCUCCGAGAUCACGACACCUCACAAAUUCACCCUGGAACAGGUGCUGGACGGCCUGCCACCGCCUGGUGUCGCGGCCUCCAUCGAGGCGGCCGAUCUUGCGACGGGCUUCGUGCGCGAUGCCUUGCUGGGCCCGUCGCUGGGGUUGCUGCCGCCUGCGCCCCGUCGCACGGCGCCCGCCUCCGCUCGGGCGCGGGCUUGCGAGUCCGAGUGGCAUCGCAUUGUGGAGGCCUUGCAUGUGCGCGGGAUGAUCGCUCCCAUUGCCCCGAGCGAGAUCGCCUGCCGCGACGGAGCUCCGCUUCCGGACGGCGCCUUCGGUGUUCCGAAGGCCCGCGACGCCCCCGUCGAGUGCAGCGACGGGGAGCUGCGGCCCGUCCUCAGGCUGAUAACGAACUUGAUCCUCCCGAACAUGUGCCAGGAGUGCAUCGUGGGAGACGCGCCCGAGAUGCCGACGAUGAAUCAGCUGAGCGGCCUGGUGCUUGCGGAGUCGGAGGACCUGUUGUGGAGCGGCGUUGACGGAAAGGCCUUCUUCUACGUCUUCAGGGCGCCGCCGCCGUGGUGGCCGCGCAUGGUGAUCGGCCCCCCCGUGCCGUCUCGGCUGCUGGGCCUCAAGGACGGCGGCGCGACCCAGACCUGCAUGUGCGUGAUCGGCAUGGGGUGGAUCAGCGUGGUGGGAGUGACUACCCAUCCUCACCGCAACAUGCUUCGGCGCAGUGGCAGCGUGCCUCGGGGACUCAGUCCAAGCAACGAGGUCACGCGUCGGCGGCGGUUGCCGCUGGGAGUGGAGGAGCUUUGUCCCCUGGCAUGGACGGUCUACAUUGACAACCUGGAGAUCGCCGAGAUCGUCGACAAGUCAGAAGCGGAGAGGCUGCGGGGGGCGGUGCCUGCCCUGCUGGCUGAUGCCAGGGCCUGCUAUGCGACGGCAGGCUCGCCUGGGUGCCUUGGCAAGGACCUCCACCGCGUGGUGUGUGCGACCACCCUGGGCGAGCUGGUCGAGGGGGUCGAGGGCGUCCGCCGCCCCCCCGCGGGCUACAUUGCUGAGAUAGUCAGUCUGACCCUUUGGGUCCCGGGAAAGAAGCGUGCCAGCAUGCGGCUGAUGUGUAUCCUACUUGGCCGACGGGUGUGCGUUCAUUGCUUCCGCCGCCCGUUGGCCGCCAGAUUCGCCUAUGCUUGGCGAUGGUUUGGCGAUGCGCGCAGUGGCGGCCGCUUCAGCGUCAACGUCGCCGAGGACCUGCUGAUGUGCCUGGCGCUUUCUGCCCUGUGUGUGGCAGACAUGCGGCUCGAGGUUGACCACGUGGUGACGGCGUCUGAGGCGUCGGAGGCUGCGGGCGCGGUGGUCUGCAGCACGGCCCUCUCGGACCGCGGCCGCGCGCUUGCCGCCCGGCGCCGGCGGCCUGCCAGCGCUGCCUGCGAGGAGGAGACGGCGCUGAUCACCCUCUUCGACGUGGUCGGGGGUGGACGCAGGGCUUUUGAUAUCCUCGGUCUGGUGCCCGCGGUCCACUUGUCUCUCGAGGUUGACCCCCAGGCCGUGCGCGUGGCGCGCCGCUGCGACCCUGGGACCCAGCUCCUUGCCUACGUUUGUUCGCUGGACGCCGCGCUCGCAACCCCGCCCCAGGCUGGUGGCCGCGUGGCGCCGCUUGACGCGGUCGUGCGCGAGACGCUGGUGGGCUUCGCCGAGGGCCGCGUUGUCCCGUGCAUGACCAGUGCGGAGGCGAAGGCCGCCCCGACCAAGUACGAGGCGCUGCGACGAUCCUUGGUGGGGAACUCGUUCCAGUGCGAGGUGGUGGCCUGGCUGCUUAGCCACUGGGCCGUGGCUGUGGGGCUGCUGGUCUCCGUGCCGUCGUUGGCGGAGCUGCGCUCCAGCGCGCGCGCCUGGGCUGAAGGUCGCAAGUUGUGGGCUGGCGACCUCGCCUCGCUGUGCUGCGGGCGCGUGAAGCUCGACGGGCAGGUCUCCCGCGAGCUGGGGGUGGCAGCUGCAGGGUGCGCCAGCCAGGAGCCGCCAGCGGUGGUUUUCGUCGGCCGUGGCUCGCGGCGCUGGAGCUUGGAGCCUUCCUGCUGGGGCAACCCCUUUGCCAUCAGCCCGAGCUGCUGGCGAAACGCAGUGGCGCUGUUCGCGGGCUGGCUGCGGGGGCAGCCGCAGCUGCUGAGUCGCCUGGAGGACCUGCGCGGGGCUACCCUUGCGUGCCGCUGCGGGCAGGCGGCGCCCUGCCACGCGGACGUGCUGCUUGCCGUGCUGCCCGAGCGUGUUGCGACUUCCUGGAGAGACUCAGACGUCUCGGGAAGGCUUGGGAGUUCCACAGCAAUGGUGCAGACGGGAGCUAUGAGGAACUCGGUGAGAUAUUCGUUCUGCAGGAGAUUGAUGCAGGCAUUUGACAAUGGCGUAAAGUUCGACAGCUGGUUUGGGACGUUCCAGAGCACAUCAAUGUAUUGGAGUGCCAGAGUGGAGGACGUCGGCCGCUACCUCGGCGAGGAGCUGAAUCUCCCGGCUCUCGGCCAGCUCUUUGUGAAGCACCACGUCGGCGGCCAGGAGCUGCUCGAUCUGACGGAAGAGCACCUGGAGGGCACUUUCGGCAUCCGGAACUUCCUCCUGCGGGAGCACAUCAUGCGCAGCGUGGCCAAGCUGCGCCUGCGGCGCGCCCUGGCCGCCAGGAGCCGAUCGCAGCACCCAGCGCACGCGGCCGGCGAUCACCUCUCGAGGACCUGUGCCAGAAGGCCCGAAGCGAGCCAGGGCGGCAGCCCCAGGCUGGCUGGCAGCGCGCCGUCCUCGCCCGCGUGCGCGCGGCGGGGCGCCCUGAGGCCCGCCGAACGUCCCGACGCCGACGCCGACGCUCCGCCAGCGGUGUCGCGCGGCCACGCCGAGGAGGCCCCCAGCGCGGCGGGGGAGGCCGCGGGCGCUUGCGCCGCCGCGGGCGUUGGCGGCUGCCCAGGCAGAACCUGGUGCACGCCGCCGCAGCACCGUGUGACGAUAACGCAGUGA